AUGGCUGGCCAGAAACGCAGCCAUGAGGAGUUUGCCGAGGGCGACCCGGCCGUCGAUGGAUCCCAUGUCCGCCACGAACAGGCAGAGAGCCUUCACGACGCCUCCACCGAUGGCGUCCGUAGAGCGAACGACGGUUGGGAAACAUUCGAGAGCAAGGGCACCAAGAAGCUCAAGAAGAUUCCAGGCCAGCAGUCGAAAAACUAUCCCUCGAUCACCCAUUCUCCAAAUGCCCGCCUGCAGUCGACCGUCAAGCUCAGCGACAUACAGAACCUCAUUCUCUACAUCUUGAGCGACGCACCCUCGCCCCGUUGGGUUGCAGUCAACAACUCUGGGCAAAUCAGGAGAAUCGUCACCGUCAUGGUGCCGGGUCUCGAGGCCGGCAUGUUCAAUGGGCAAAUAUCACUCGACGAGGCUGCUUCCGCGCAGCAAGAUCCUGUAGCACAGCACAACGAGAACAAGGAAAAAUCUAGUGUCUCUCCCGACGACUACUAUCCCACUCAGCUUGUACUAGAGAAGUUGCCAGAGCCCUUGAGGCUCUUCGCAGACAUGUUCCCACACAUCUGGCCCGUCAAGAGCCCUGGUGACGACAAGUUCAUGAGGCUUCACUCGCCGCUGCAAGCAAUACUGACUGCGCCCAUACCGAAGCAGAAGGACGAGAAGAAAAAAGGCCCUCAGUCAGCCAACAACCGCAACUGGAAGAACAAGCGCACCCCCAUCACCAGCUACAUUGCAGAACUAGAACCAAUGCUCGAGGACGAUGAAUGGACAAUACACCCCGCCAUGUACCCCACGCCGGAAGAAAGGGCUGAGUGUUUACAGGCGAGGGGAUUAAAGGGCAAGGAUGCUGUGCACGGCUGGGUCGACACGCCUGUCGCGAGUCUUGAAGAUGGCCAUGUGCCCGAUGACCAGAUCCAGAGCGGCAGCAUGACCGCCGGCCGGAAGAUACUUGCGUUGGACUGUGAAAUGUGCAAGACGGGGGAACAAGACUUCGAGCUUACACGAAUCAGCGUCGUUGAUUGGGACGGGGGAGUUGUUUUGGACGAAUUGGUCAAGCCAGAACGCCCUAUCACAGAUUACCUGACUCCCUACUCUGGAAUCACCGAGGACAUGCUCAAGGACGUCACGACUACCCUUCCCGACAUUCAGAAACGCUUACUGGAAAUUAUCACGCCCCAGACAAUCCUCGUUGGCCAUUCACUCAAUUCCGACCUGAAUGCCUUGAAAAUGACGCAUCCUUUCAUUGUCGACACGUCGUUCCUCUACCCCCAUCCGCGCGGCCGACCGUUGAAGUGCUCUCUCAAGUGGCUAGCACAGAAAUACCUGUCGAAGGAGAUCCAGAAAGGCCACGGAAGCUCUGGUCACGACUCGGUCGAAGACGCACGCAGCACUCUCGAGCUCGUCAAGCAAAAGUGCGAAAAGGGCCCGCUCUGGGGCACCAGCGAAGCCAAUGGGGAAUCCAUCUUCAAGCGCCUCGGUCGAGCACCCAGACCGAAGAACCAGACAACGAGCGCGGUCGAAGAAUACCGCACGGGCGCUGUCGUCGACUGGGGCGAGCCUAGGCGUGGCUUUGGAGCGGCGGCGGAAGUCUGCUUCGGCUGCAAGAACGACGAGGACGUGGUAGCGAACGUGCUCAAGGCGGUCAACGGUGUUCCGGAUCCCACGAGGCCGGUCAGCAGCAAGGGCGUUGAUUUCGUGUGGGCGCGCAUGCGGGAGCUGGAGGCCGUCCGCGGCUGGUGGACGAGAACGAAGACAAAGGACAACGCCGAGUUGCUCGCCAACGCGCUGAGUGGCGGUGGUCACGACGCGAAGCCGGCUGUGGCAACGGCUGACGGCGAGACGGUGAUGGCAGACGAGGCUGUGGUCAAAGGCGAGGCGGCCAGCGCGGCCGAAGGCACGAAAGACCAGACUGUCACGGCGGAUGCGUCUCCCAGCGAACCCAGCACCGCUGAACUCGCGGCGGCGGUGCGCAAGACGACUCAGCGCCUCAAGGAGAUGUACGACUCACUCCCGCCGUGCACGGCGUUCGUGGUGUACAGCGGCAGCGGGGAUCCGCGCGAGGUGACACGUCUGCAGGAGCUGAAGAAGCAGUAUUACAGGGAGUUCAAGGUCAAGAACUGGGACGAAAACAGCGUGAAGUGGACGGACACGGAGGAUCAGGCGCUGCGUCGGGCUUGCAUAAGGGCGAGGGAGGGUGUUGGUUUUGUGGUGGUCAAGUGA